CUGAAUUACAUAAUUAUAUUAAAAAAUAUAUGUAUAUGGACAUUCCUGAUGCAGUCGUGGGAAAAUUUAUAUUAAUUUCUACGGCCACUCUAUUUAUUUUGACCACUCUCUGGAUAAACACAUACCCAUUUUUGGAUGAAGAUUCUGCUGUUUAUGAAUUGAUCCCAAAUCCAAAGUGGUUUCUACUAUUCUGCGCUGUUUGGGGACUGUUCUUCAUAGGGGGCCUAAUGUCCUUCACCCUGUACCACAUUUACCCUUAUUUAUAGAUCUGAGCCACAAAAAAUCAAUUCAGUAUCGUACAACAAACUUUGUUCCACCAUCAGCAAAUUUGAGCCAAAAUUCAAAUAUGCCUGGCAAAGAUUGGAUCAUAAUCGGCAUUUCCGGGGUCACUUGUGGCGGAAAAACGACCCUUGCCAAUAAGUUAAAGAAUGCCCUAACACCAGUCUACGUGUUUCAUCAAGACAAAUAUUUUUAUCCUGACGACAGUCCGAAACACAUUAAGUGCGAAGGGUUAGACCACAACGACUACGAUGUGCUGUCGUCGCUGGACAUGGAGACCAUGUACGAUGACAUCACGAAGACCUUGAGCGGCGAGGACAGGUCGCAUGCCAACCGUUUGGAGGGAACAUCCACCGUAGCCGGUACAAAGUUCUUGGUGAUUGAAGGUUUCACGGUGUUAAAUUAUAAACCUAUUAUGGAGAUCUGUGAUUUGAGAUACUACUUCAUCCUAGAGUACGGGGAGUGCGUGUCCCGCCGCGUGCUGCGACUGUACGACCCGCCAGACGUCGCCGGGUACUUCGACACGUGCGUGUGGCCGCGGCACUUGUACUACAGGGCGCAGAUAGAGAAGGACCGGCGCGUGAAGUUGCUGGACGCGACGCAGCAGGACUCAUUCGAGGUCGUCAUGGCGGACAUCGACGCCCUCACGCGGUGAGCCCGGGGGGCCACGAGAUUGGCGGCCACAAAUAAAUGUAUCAAUAUAAUCGGCAUAUAUGUAAUCGCAAAGUCAGUUUCGUAUGCCCCGACAGAAGGCGCAAAGACUUCAGUCCCAUGAGGUCGCUAGUUUCAAUACAAGUUUUUAAUCAAAUUU